AAUAAACCAGCGCCAUAAAAUUUAUUUCGGCUCGUUCUUCAAAACAUAUAAGGACAAAACUUACGUGUGAACAUUUACUUGCAAAGAUAUCAAGUGAAUGAAUAUUAAAUGCAAAAGUAAUUAAUUAAAUUCUUAACUAGUGCAACUGCAUACAACUUUUUCGUUCUCUUGCGCUUCUCUUUGCGAAGCCUAAUGCCGGUAGAGAAAAAUAAUACAUUCACUAUCAUCCAUACAAUCAAGCUCUUGGGGUUCAGUUGCGUUCCGGAUAUUGUAGCAGGCUACACUCCUAAGCACGACACUAUACACGUACCCCGUUAAAUCCCUUCAUCUAACACCGCUCUCACUGCAGACCGACCCCGCCGAGUUGGACCUACCGUUAGGUGAGGUUGACGACGACGACCGGUGACUUUGCCGUGCCCGGCAGGACUUGAUAUACUACUACAACAACAAUAAUGCUUGUAGUUUUACUACUUGUCACAAAUAUAAAAUGAAUUAGAAAAAAAAAAACACUUACAACUUUGUAAACAUCUUUACAAGUAAAAAACUUUAAAAUCCAAAACAAAACUUAAAAUUCAAUAGAAAUUAACUAGACAUGCUGUGAAUUUUGUGCGGAAUAAACGAACAAAAAUAUUUGUCUCCGAUUUGUUAAUUAAUAAAAAACAUAUAAAAGUGCGUGUCGGUGUUUAAAAAUUGUGCAACUACAAUAUCAAAUCUCUGUUUCGACAUUUGAGAAACUUUCUGAACUUCACUACUCAACGUUUGUCACAGAUUGUGGUCUUGAGCUUUAAAGAUAAACAUCCUCGUCUAACAUUUUAUACGCAACACGCACAAAAACGGAUUAAAAGUGGAAGACAUCACGGCAAAAAUGGUAAGCAGAAAAAACUAACAUUUUCGUGCUGCUGCUGUUAAAUCUGCAUCGAAAAUGGCUUGUGUUAAUAAACAAUAUUCAGCCACCGAUUUGGAGGCUUUUAUGAAAAUCGCAGUCAAUUGGCAAACGAAUAAUCACAAUUUGCUGGAAGGUGUCGACAUGAAAGGAGAAAUACAGCAAUACAUGAACAGUCCAGCAAUGAACAUGUACAAAAAGCGUGAACGCACACAGAAUUGGAAUCAUCAGGAGAAGAAGUUCUUGCUCGAUUUGUGCCGCAAAGAUAUGCGUAUUAUUGAAAACAAACGGCUCGAUGCGGGCCUGACAGCGGUAAAGAAUAAAGCUUGGAAGAUAAUUCACCAAAAAUUCUCAAGUCAGUUUGGAACAGAUCGUACCUGUAACCGCUUAAAGGAGCAAUGGCGGCGCAUGAAAGCUUGCACGCGUAAUGAAAUUUUGGAUUACAACAAUCGAUUGGCCAGAUUUGGUGCAGAGGUUGCCGAUCGCAAGAAGCCAUCGCCGUUCACCUUCGAAGUGUGGGAAUUCAUGCAGGAGGCGAAGAAAGCAUGCAAAUCAGAAGCUUUGGAUGGAAUCGACUACUCAAAGAUACCAUUAGCGCUGGAGGAGGAUUACGAGUAUCGCGAGGAUGAACAGAAUGGCGAAGAUGAUCACGACAUGGAUGAUCGCACUCCACCACAGGAACUCUGUGAUGUCGACAUCAAAGAGGAGACUAAUGAGACCUUCAACGACACCAUCAACCACAAUGAAUCGCUGGCGAUUGGUGAACGUCGGCUCUCCUCCUCGCCGAAUGUCAGCCGCCUGAGCGCACACGACCUUGAACGCGCCAGCCUACACAGCCCAGCCGGCAAUUUGGCGACGACUAGCGAUCUCGCCACCUCCAGCUUUCUUACCCAAAAUGGCGCUAGUGGCGGCGCAGCGGCCGGUGACAUGGGCGCCUUUCAGCCCGCUUUCAACAUGAGCAAUAUCUCCGCCACACUGGAAGCGUUAAAUGCGUUACGUGCCGCACAAUUCCCCCCCGCAGCCGCUGCUGCUGCUGCUGCCUUACAAAAUAAUUUUGCUGCCGCCGCCGCGCAACAACAACACAAUCAACAGCAACAACAAAUGUCACAAUCAAGCAGUGAGCAACCACUGACAAAGCGUCCGCGCAGUUCGAGCGGCAGCGCCAAUGGCGAAGAGGUGCUGCAUGAUUUGUCGAUGAACGGCGCUGCCGCCGCUGCCGCUGCAGUAUCAGUAAGCAAUCCAGCAACCGCACAACUCGCUGGCAGUGGCGUUGGCAUGAGCGUUGGGGGAGUUUCGACCAGCAGUACGCCCGAAAUGCGAUCUUUCAUGGAGAUGCAGAGCAAAGAGCAUUUGCUGCGUAUGAAAAUACUCGAGGUGCAACUGCAGGCGGCCAAAUAUAAUCGUGAUCUUGUCGAGAUCAAUAAGACAUUGGCAUUGCAGAAGUUGCAGGAAUUGGCUAGCAAGCGAUUGACAAGCUAAGUUUGGUGAGCGGUGUAGGCGAAAUAGCUGAAAAAUUAAAGCAAAAAAAUAAAAGUAAAAGAAUAUUCGGCAGAAGUAUUUAUGGGAAUUGCUUGCAAAAAAGGACAGGCGUGCUUUACGAAGGUGGGCCGGCGAGUAAGCGAAAAAAAGGCAGCGGCGCCGCGUUGUAAGAUGUGUUCGCGCGUACUUGAAGCUGCUCGUAUUUUGGUUGCCUAACUACAUUUUAAUUUUUGUUUUACCAAUCAUUUAAAAAAUUAUAUUAGUUUAGUGCGCUCUUUUUGUAUAGAAACAACAUUCCUGUUAGCGUCAGUUGAACACAAAACCUACUUUAUUGUUAUUAGAAAUAGUAUAUUUUUUAAUUGUUAUUGUGUUUGAUGUCACAAAUUUUAAAGGAAGAAAAGAAAUAUAGAAAAAUAAUUGAAAAAAAAUUUUUACUUAAUUUUUGAAAUAAUUUUUGCCACAACAGUAUUUAUAAAAGAGUAGAACACAGAGAAGUUUUAUAAAAAAAUCUGGUAAGAAAUCUUUAAAGAAUAGUCAACGUAAUAGCCCUAGCUCAGUGGUCACAAAACAAUAAAGCAAAAAAAAAAAACAAAAACAACUUAUAAAAAGUCGAUAAAGAACUCUAAAACUAUAAAAAAAGGUCAGAUAAAUGAUUAUUGGACUAAAAGAAAUAAAUGAAAUACACUUGGAAUGCUUAGAAAACAUGCUGUAGAUGUUGCAUAUUUUUGGGCGCCUAAUGAAUUAAUCUCCAUUUUUCCGACUAAGCAUUGAUUAGUUUAAUGAUCAUUUAAUUUAAGAACCACAGAUAAUGUAGUAGUAAAUGAGUAGGCUUUAGAGAAGGUAAAUAGCUGCGCCUCAAUAAGUUUGGCCAUUUAACGCGCCUAAAAGCCGUUGAUUGUAAAUUAUAACAAAAGCACGAAGAAGUUCCAAAAUUAAGCCCACUUUUAAGGGCUGUUGUAAAAAAAAAACAGAUUCUUACGAAUACACAAACGUGCCAAAUACAAAACACAAUUUAAACAUUGAAAGAAAAUAAAAAUAAUAAAUGUUUUCUUAUAAGAAAGCGGCGUAGAAUAAAAAUAACACUUAACUUUUGCUCCGUUCAAGAUAACUGUACAGAAAGCAGCAGAGUGUUAUGAAGCAGCUGCAUAUCGCAGAAAUUAAGAGGAAAAAGAAAAAUGCAACACAUAAAACAAAUAAAUAAAUAAAGAUAUUUUUGUACUUAUAACAUUUGAGUAGUCUAUAAAAUUAGUAGUUUAGAGAAAUCAAUGAUAAGGUUAAACU